GGCCCGUUAUUGGCGGGCGCGGGCUGGGGCGGGGCCAGGGCCAUGGCCGCCGCGGGGGCUGCGCGGCCGCGCAAGGGUUUGUCCUCUGGAAGGCUGUCAGGAGCAGUUAAACUAACAAAUGGAAGAAAACAGUUUGGCUUAAGGAGAGGAUGUUAUACUGAUGCAGAAUUCUUUUCCACGGACUCUGACAAUCAGGUUGAUGCUAUCCAUGAUGGACUUGACCAGUGUGCAGCUUUACUGAAGAAUUUCAUACAAAAUGGGGCUACAGGAAAGGAGGCUGUCCAUAAACAACCUGGGAAAGCACCUACUUCCAAGCCUUUGCUAACCAAAGGAAAUACUUCCAAGAAGAAGGGGUUAACAAGAAAUGUUACUCCUGCUCCUGUCCGAAAAGAAAUUCUGCCAAUAUCAAAUAGAAAAUUUGCUUCGUCCACCACACCUUCUGCUGAGAAAGAACUUUCCAGUGCAGCACAGAAUCAGAUGGUUCAACCUAUUCAUGUGCCUUGCAGUCAACACUCUCCUGUGAUGUAUCAGAAACUGUGUGAGCAUGUGGAAACUCAGAUGUCUCUGAUAACUGGCCAACCACCACAGGAGAGUAAUGAAAUUCCUACUAUAACUCCUUCUCCUACCUCAAAUCAGGGAUGUCAAAAUGUUGCAGCUUUUAAUUAUCUGUUACCUUUGUCCACAUCAGGACUGUCCCUGCAGCAUUCAGCUAAUCCCUUAACUACUCAGUCAGGUGUUCCUGUAGAUAGUGCCAGUGGAUGUGUGCCAGAGAUGGGAGGACCUGUGGUUUUCCCAGUAGUUUCUGCUGCUCCUGCUGUACAAGUGCAGUCUGGCACUGCUCUUCCUAGUGUGGUCCCUUGUAUAGCACCAGGUCCUUCGAUCCCUACAGUGCCUACAUUGAUCCCAGCAUCUUCUGCCAGAGAGAUGACCCCAAGCCAAGAGCAUCAGAUAAAAGAAGCAGAUUUGAUAAGGUGCAUACAAGCUCACCUGGCCCUGUUACAAUCACGUGAGGGACUGAAUGGCAGCACUGAACAGAGGUGUCAUCAGCAUUGUCCAGCACAACAUGAUGGCUCAAGUGACACGGAGGAAGAUACUCCUGAAGAGCACAGUGAGGAUGUGGUCAGUGAGGAAGAUGAAUUGAAUGUCCUUGACAUAGCUCCGGUGAGAGAUACAGGCUGUAGGACAAGUUGUGUGAAGAAAGUUCUAAAAUCUAGAAGAGAAAGUCCAGAAGAAACAGCUCAUAAAGUUAUGACUGUAAAAUAUCUUAUGGGUGAACUCAGAGAACUGAUAACAGAUCAAGAUGAUCCAGAAAUGCUGAGGUUGAUGAGUGAAAUAGAAGGUUGCAUAUCAUUGCUCCCCGCUGUAGUGGGAAGUACAAACAUCCAAGCUGAAAUAGCACUGGCUUUACAGCCUCUCAGGAGUGAAAAUGCCCAGCUGCGCAGGAGACUAAGAAUAUUAAACCAGAAACUCAGGGAACAAGACACUAGUGAGAAGAAAUCUGGACAGAGCUGCAAUUAUGAAUUAGUUUCUUUGCAGUCCUUGAAUAUGAUGCUCCAGAGUCAAUUGAAAGAAUCGCAGAAAGGCCUUGAUUCACUGCAGGCUAAAAAUGAAGAACUUCUUAAAAUAGUAGAAAGUCAGAAGGAAGAAAAUAAACAUCUUGCAAAAGUUAUUCAAGAUAAAGAAGAAGAAUUGCUUGAAAACAAACAGCAUUAUGACAUUCAUUCCACCAAGCUCAAGAUUGAAGUGGAAGAAGCAUUAGGAAAUGUGAAGAGCCUUCAGUUUAAGCUGGAAGCUUCAGAGAAAGAAAAUAAGAUUUUGGGCAUAACAUUACGUCAGCGGGAUGCCGAGGUUAAGAGACUGCGGGAAUUAACCAGAACCUUGCAGGGCAGUAUGGCCAAGCUUCUGUCUGAUCUCACAGCGGACAACGUCAGACCCAAACCUGAAAAAGCUCUCUCAAAGUCUCUUUUGGAAGACCACGAAAAGCAGAUGCAACCUGAGCCAUUUCCUGGGAGUACUGCAGUAAUGACUUACCUUAAAAAAUUAGAAAUGGAUCAUAUUUUGAUAGAUACAGAUCUUCAAUUCGCAAAUGAAAGUGGAAACAUGGAAAUGCAAAAUCUGGCCUAUGAAAAGUUUGAUGCUGAAGGAAGUAAAAUAAACAGUACAUUCAAAGAAGAAGGAACAUCAGCUCCCAGAGCACUACAAACUUCAUUGAACCAAGACGCAGAAACAGUUAGUGAUUCUGGGACUUUACUAGAUGACCAAAACAAGUUGGAUGAGACAAUUUAUAUUCCAUUGACUAGCAGUGCCUCUAAAAAACAGCAGCCAGUCUCUGAAAGAACUGGUGUGCUACCCCAGAGUAGAGGGGCUUGUAAAACUUUGGAUUUCUGUGAGCUCCCAAGUUCUGUGCCGCAGUGUGGAUGUGAGCUGUCAAAGGAUCCAACUGUACUGGAUAAGUUAAGUGCUGGGUACAGUGUGAAAAAGACUGUGGAAAACACUCUUGAAGUUACAGGGGAUAAAGCAAAGUUGGAAGGAGACAAAGUCCAAAUGAGAUCAAAAGUCAUUCCAAGUGGAGCUGCUAAAGAUUCCACAGAUAAACCAGACCAACCUCAGCCUGGUACAUACCCUCGUGUAUCAAUGCCAUUUCCAACAGAGAUUUCUCAGAGAAAAGGUAGUAAACCAGCUGAUUUUAGUUGCAUUUCAUUUGAUGGUUUAUCAGUGAGGUCUGAGUGGAGUGCAACCUCUUUCUCAACAUUUACUUCUCGAGAUGAAGAGGACUUUAAGAAUAGUUUAGCAGCCUUGGAUGCCAACAUAGCCAAGUUACAAAGGACUCUGCAGAGUAACAUCAGGAAACAAUGAUUAUGAGGAGGGGAAAUGGGCUGCCCUUGUUCGGAAAAAUUAGGUUUUUCUAAAGUAUAUUAAUAAGUAUGGUGCAGAUAUGUAUAUUUGUAUGUAAUAACUUGUGCUUAGCUGUUUCAGCUAUGGAUAGAAUUUGUUCCUCAUUAAGCUGUGGCACUGUUUCCCUUGAUGUGUACAACUUGAAAUAACUGGCUUUUUAUAUAAGAUAUAAAUAGUUUGGGGGUUUUUUAAUUAUUACUUAGGUUUAUACUCUUUACUUGCAAAAUUAAUUAUACUUGAAAAUUAAAUGUACUUGUUUACUCAUGGGUUUUUUUUCCUUCCCCUAAGAACUGUUGCAAGGUGCUAUACAUGAGCAAGAGGUUCCACAGGUAGAGGCCAGGGAAGAGCUGUCUACAGAGCAGCAGGAAUGCUGAGAGUUACAGUUGCUAAGUCAGGAUCAUGCUAUUCCAAAAAUAAAUGCAGCCAUCAUAUGGGAUUUGUAGUGUAUGGUAGAUCAUAUAAAAUACAUGAAGUAAUCCUUUUUCACUCAUCACUGAUAAAACUCAGUUUUCUCUUUGGACCAUUUUCCUCAAAGGAAGAAGUUGAUGGAGAGUUCAGGUGAGAGGAAGAGAAGAACUAUCAAAGUUCUGUUGCUUUCUACAGUUCUGUUUUAGGUUAUACUUUUACUAAUGUUUGAUUUUUAUCUAAAGUAAAAGAAUAUAGAACCCGUGGAUAAACACAGAACAAACAGGCUGACGCUGAGAAACAGAAGCAGCACAGCUGACACAAAGGAGACAAAUGAGGAAUUAGUGAAAGCUGGCAAACCAGUGCAGUUAGCAAAGCACCAGAAUGUACAGUGUGAGGAAGGCAUGGAAAUUCCACAGUUGUUGAGAUGUCAAACAUCUACUGGGCAUAAAUACAGAGAGUCUGGACUGAAUCACCCAAAUUGACUCUCACAGGAAUGGGAGCGGAAGGGGGAAUGAUUCCAGUCCGCUGUUCUCCCCGACAGGCCUUUCCACAUCUCAGUCUCAAGAAUAUGCAUAACAUAAAUGUUUAAGGUACAGGUACAGGAAGGUGGUGUUAUUGCCACCAUUCUGCUCCUCUUGUGCUCUUAGCAGUGCUUCAGUGCUGUUUUUCAGGGAAAAUAUCUUUGGAAAAGAAACAGCAAUAUAAGGACCUGAAUUUAAGAUUGCUCUUUCUGCAGCAUUGCUUUUUUUUUUUUCCUAGAAAACAUUGCUGUGCUUCCUGGUACUGUUUUCUUGUAUGUUUCCAAGUAGAAGAAGAGUCCCUCAUGGUUAGUUGCUUGAAUGAACACAUUUUAAAGUCCAUGCAUUGUGCUGGGAAGCAGUUCUGUGAUUAUUUUAGUUACUGGUAACUGAGUCAUACAAAGGUAUGAAGACAACACAUACUACAGAAGAUGCCAACUGGCACUCCUGCUUCGAAAAAGGAAAGUUAGACUAAAUAGUGACUUCAGUGAUUUAGAAUGCUUUUAAGGCUUGGCCUGGAUUUCUUGGUGCUCUCCAUGCUCCUUGUGUUCACAUUCAAUAUAAGGUUGAUGGUAUGAAAGCUUUAAUUAAAUAUCUACAAGCAGUUUCAGUGUAGAAGCUAAGCAAGAUUUAAACUAUUAUUACGGUGGAGAUUAAAGACAAGCUACAAUAAAUUCUAGUCUUUAAAACUCAUAAGAAAGUUGAGGAAAGAUGGGAAGAAUAUUAAUUAAUAGACAAACUAAUUCAGUUUUCUUCUUGCAGCUAGGACUUUCUCCAUUUGAAGGAGGGUAUUUGUCCUGGCCAAAGAUAGUUGCAAUCUGCAUAAGGCAGCUGUGGUGUCAGGAUACUUAAGCUCGUUGUUCUUUGGUUGAGAACAUUUACAUUCACUUUUGUCUCAAUGAGGGAAGAUGUUACACCAUCUUACUCCUGUCCUGUUCGUUGUCACAAAGUCAGUCCUAUCAAAGCAGGAGAUGACUACUAGAAAACCCUCUUGUGGAUAAUGACGUAUCAGCAGGUUUGAAAUGUGUAUCCGCUUGCAAGGAGGAGAAGCUUAGAAGAAGAAACAGGAAGGAGACAACGUCUUUAAUGUGGUUCUUUGUUUUGUACUCAAACAUGUCAAUCAGAACUAUAGCAUCCUAAUGAAUUAUAAAACUUCCCGUGUAUGGGCAUUAUGAAUGUGCACUGUUGUGGAAGCAAAAUUCAACAAGAUCAAAUAUCUAAGUCUCUUAAAGCUGGGAAAGGCUUCUAGGAUUCAACCCAAAACAGGGCAUUGAAUCUGUGGAAAUCAACAUAACUGGUGUUCUCAUAGCCUCAACAGAAGGCUUACAAACUCAUUCUUUUAAUGUGUGUAUGUAGUAAAUAAUCCCUACAGAAAAUAAAGGCAAUCCUAAAUUUGCACAUUUUGUCACAUGUUUUUACCACUCAAAUUUGCAGUCUUGCAAGUACAUCCUAAAUAAGAUCCCAAAUGACUGAGUAGAAAGAAAUUUUUAUAUUUGGUGCAUAAAACAGUUUAAGUUAUUCUUAUUCCUAUAAUAAGGAGGUAAAAUUCACUAUGGACCAAAGGCAUCACUUCUGUCAACACCAAUGCUUGGAACAUUGGAGUAGCUCAAGCUGCAGCACAUAUUUCUGCCCUUCACUGAUCAGGAUAUGAUGAAUUGGGAGUUACUAGGAUUCAUCCUUGUUGCACACAUGUAGUCCUUAGGCCUGUAUCUUUCAUUGACUCAGUUACAUUCCUGAUUUAGGUUACAUUCCUGAGUUACAUUUAAGAACCUUUCACUGUGAUCCAAUUGUUUGAGCUGCCUGGCUAGAUUCCAAUGCCAAACUUUGUUUCCCCAGCAGCUAAAAACUGUAACUUUCUAUUUGGAAGCAGGACAGAAUUUUUACCUGUGUAAAUCCAGCACUCACACCAACCACCCCAAUAAGAGCAAUACAAUCUUCAUUUGACAUCUGGUUUUGGACACAUCCCUACAAUGAGGUAGAGGAGUCAAACUGUAUCUGCAACAGAAUUCAAACUCCCUUUUUGUUUCAGGUUUUUUAAGGAUGCUUUAGGAGAGCUUGCAAGAGGCAAGAGAAUGCAAUAAUGAAUUGAGCCACUAUGUCAGCUAUAUGAGUCAUUUUCGUGUUGCACAUGAAAUUUUGCAGUUGUUUCUAAGGAACAAAUAAAAGGUAGUCUUUAAAUUCAGUUAGAUAUAUUGUGUAAGGCCUUCCUCAGACCUGAGGGAUCAGACAAAGGGCAGCCAGCUGUGGAGCCUGUUUCUGUAGCCAGGCUAUCACUCGUGUAAACAGCUAUGAGAUGUUUGGGGCAGUUUUGAAAGGAACCAUCUCCUGUGCGUCUCAAAGCCUGUUCUUCCACACCUGCUGUUUUACCAGGGUCAUGAGAAAAACAGCUUAAGAUUUUCUUCCACUGCAUUGUAAGUACUUAUAGUGUAUUUUCAGGAUUUGCAAAGAUCUAUGGUUGAACCUUAUGAUGCCAAAUUGAGAAAAGCACAACUAGUUGGGCUGAGGAAUUUAUCACAGGUGGCUACUUGAUCAUACAGCUCAACAAGUAUUCAGCAAGACUUUCCAGUUUGGCCAGAAAAGCUGGUUUCAGGUUCCAUCCAUCACUGUAUCAGCCUCCAAAUAAAAAGGAUAUAUGAAACUGCUCUGCUCAACAUGAAAUCAUUAUUCUAUGUUCAGCAAUAGCUGCUGUGAAUCAUUUCUUCUGUUGCAAGGAUAAACUUAAAAGUAACAGCUCAGCAGCUACAAUAUCAGUGAUCAUGAUUAGAUAUUAGGAAAAAAUUCUUCACUAUGAGGGUGGUGAGACACUGAAACAGGUUUCCCAGAGAAGUUGUGGAUGCCCUAUUCCUGGAGGUGGUCAAGGCCAGGUUAAACGAUGCUUUGGGCAACCUGAUCUAGUGGAAGGUGUCCCUGGCCAUGGCAGGGGGUUGGAACAAGAUAAUCUUUAAGGUCCCUUCCAACCAAACAAUUCUGUGAUUUUAUGUGGCCUCCUCUAGAUUUUUCUUGUAAACACAAAAGUUACAGGAGUUUCAUUUUUACAAAGCAUAUUCUGUGAAGUUGACAUCUGCACUUCUCGGUGGUGUGGAAAGAAAGGAACUCUUAAAACACAUUUCAUCAAGCUCUUAACAGUCAUUUUCUUUUUAUGAACACUUUUCCUUAUGGAAAAUAGAAAAGAGUGGACAAUACUGAAUACCUGAGUUUAACCUGUAUAUAAUUCCCUCCUCUGACUUCUUGAGCAAUAAAUGCCUGUAGUCCGGUGUCCCACUCCAAGAACUGGGGAAUGGUAAUGGCUCCCUGCAGACACAGAGGAUUGCUGUCUUACUACUGUGUCCAAUUCCAUCAGAAACUUCAUAGGGAAUUAAAGAUUUGCUGAAGUGAAGCCAGUGCUGCAUCUGUGUGUGUAAAUAAGCUACCUGGGACACCGAUUGUGGUCAAGUGGCAACAUCAUGCAGUUAUGUAUGAAAGGAAGGUUUUACAGCUCAAUAUUUUACAAAAUAAAUAAAUAAAAAAAAACCCUAGGGAAUUCUACUGGUGCCUCAAGUACAUUUCUUAAGUCACUGACUUACUCAGGCAUUCUUAACAAGGGUGAUUUUUUUUUCCUUAGAAGGGAAAGAAACAUUUCCCUUGUUAGAUCAGAGAAACAGAUGAAGGAAAAAAAAUUAAAAAAACAAUCAUAGAUUUAGUCACUGCAAUGAUCCCCAAAUAGUGCAGAGAAAUAUUCAAGUUUGAA